UGCAUUGCUAAAUGUGCAUGAUUUAAUAUUACAGAUAUGUUGGUAUUGACCUGACGUCUUUUGCUUCAGGGUUUAGACAUUAUUGAGUCGCAUUCUUUGGGCCUCAUAAGCUUCGAUGGUGCUUUCACACAAAAAAUUAAAAUAUUUUCUACGUUAGCUGAAAGUGAGCUGAACUGAAAUGGUCUGGUUGUAAGUGGCGGAAGCAUGACGGCCGGACUCGACCGAACCACCGACACGGCCGUAAUUACGGCUGUGUCGGAUAUCUCCCGGCGUGUCGCUCUUAUGAUAUCAGCUUCAAAUAUCCGUAGUUCUUGUUUUUUUCUUGUGUGAGCAACGGAAUAUCGCAAGAUACCAAUCCGACCUUAUUCCUCCGUGGAUAUUACCAAUUCAUAUCUCCAUCGUCCGCUAUUCCCGACCAUCACGGGGUUUUUUCCUCUUCUGCAACGCACCAUUUGGAAAAUCUGAUCGACGUCAUCGCUGCUUACGAGAGUUGUUUCGUCUCACUCCAGCCUCAAUAUCAGCCUCACCUAACAGUCACUCUUCACUUUGUUGCUAUAUCUGGAUGCCUUGAGAUUAUUCAAUAGUAUGCUGCCGUAGAAUGUGCAUCGCCCGCUUACACGCGACAUGUCGUUUGCAGAUACUCCCCAACCACCAAUCAUUUUCCCGGUUGACCUGGGCGUAACUUUAACUCAUGGUCCGUGAACGGCUUGAAAUGUUAAUGUGUCGUGUCACAUCCAAAGGUUCAAAGAUUGGAAAGUGCUCGUGUGCCCGUAUCAACAAACUGACACGGAUACGGCAUCAUCCUUGGUAGAGCAGGCCUCAGUAUACCAGGCUCUUCCCUGUCCGGGGACGUUCAAAGUCAAGAUCAAUGACUUACACCGCGCGGGAUGAAACCUUUGCAGGAACUUUCUUACGUACAUACAGCUCUCGGUAAGAGAUGCACACAUCUCGGUCACCUAUUUUAGGAGCACCCGACCUCAGAUCUGUCUCAAACAUGUUGGGCGUCAAAACGAUAGGGACAAGGUCCCACGUGAAGACCUACGCUUUUCGACACCGAAGAUGCAACGGGCCAAGCAACCCGCGAUACUGGGAUCCUUGUGUCUUCCUAUUCGGGACACCGAGAUCCCACGGUCUCAGCUCGUUCUCAGGGGAGAGCAGCUCUGCCCCCAGCUCCGGGUCUAGAUCCCCGAGCCAAUUAGGGAGAUGGAGUUUGUGACAAGCUAUUGCAUCUAGAAUUUCCGCAUAUGAGGAGAAUUUUGUGAGAGGCUCUUCAGCCCUGUCAACGGCAGUGGAACAUGCGGGCGCCUGGCCGAGGGCACGGAGCUGUAAGCUUUGAAGAGGGCCAAUGGGAUUGGUUGUAGGAAAUGAAGAAUUCGCGUGAAUUGAAUUCGAAAGCUUGUCUCCUUGUUGUUGUGUAUGUUGUUGUCAGUUGAUAUGCUCAAAUUGCUCAAUGCUAGCUCAUGCAUUAUCACGCAGCUCCUUGUCCCCUCACCCGAGCAUGUACCCAAGACAUUGGAUGGACGCAUGUUGAAAGAAGCUCAUCACAACUGUUUCACAUGCGAAAUCAUAAUCGACAUUUCUAAUUCGGAAACAUAUUUUGCCGAAGAACUUCACUCGAUCAUUCAUCGGCAAGUAUCUCCUGAGCCGUGUAUGGUAGACGGCAGUUUCUCGAAGCACACCGAAUUUGCCGGCGGCUAUAAUGUGUAAUUGUGUAUCAUGCUAUGGAAAUGACAGGUUCUAUCGAGAUGGCACAUGUCCCAACGUAUCGUCAGAUCAUCUGUGAAGUUAUUGGCAGUUUUCUAACCGACAUCUUGGUACAUAUGCAACUUGUUGUUGGUUGACCCGCGCUUCCGGUCUCGGUCUAAUUGCAUUGCGAUCGAGUGCAAGUGUCGUGAGAUUGAAGUUGUGGACCUUGAUGAAGCUACCCUGAAGUGAAGCAUCACGUUGAUGUUUUCAAGAUCAUCAAUGUCAAACCAUUAAAUUUGUAACAUGAUCCGUCAAAUGACUAUUUCCAAUUGCCAAACAAAGACAUUGCCUCAUAUUUUUGUCUCAGCUCAUGUUUUGGUGUCAUAUCAUGUUCACGAUCUGCAUAGAGUUGACCCUACUGCAAGAUGCCCCACGACUCGCCAUGUUAAGCCGAGCCGUGAAGUGCUCUUGAAGUUUUUAUCACCAAAACUGAGCCAUUUGUUGUUACAUUACCACUCACCAUUGAUAACCGAUAGCCAAUAAGACCUUUAUUUCCGUCCCUGUGCCCACACUACAAUGACGUUGGGGUCGUGUAGGAUGCAUCAACCCCGCUGAGGGGUUGUUGAGGAAUUCAUAUAUCAAGACGCAUCCUCUGCCUUUCUUCACUCUUGUUCUUCAACUCAAUUAUCUGACAGUCAUCUUGUCUCAUUCAGUAACUUUGUUUAACCCACUACUCACAUAACUUUCGGUACGAUGUGACAACGCAUGAAUAAGGAGCAAUGGCUCACUUCGCAAUUAUUACCAUGUAUCAAGGUAACGUUUAAAAGAACGCAUCCGGGUGUUCAACUGCCUCUAUGCUCUGUACCUUCCCUCAUCUCACAACACGUCUCAUCCACCUUCUAUGGUGAUGACUGUGCAUCGUGUGUGAGGACGGGCAGAGCAGGGCAGUUGAUCUGAGAAAUACCGGCGAACUUGAUCUGGAUAAUACCAGCGAAAGGACAUGCUUCUUGACAUCCCCCCCUUUGCUCCGGGUGACCGGGAAACUAACCCUAUCAGCAUACCACUUGAUCUUUCAUCAUGUCGACUGACAAGAUCACUUUCCUCACCAACUGGUACAACUGACUUGCUUUAGACGAUGAACUUGUGUUGACUGUUGUUAGGCACGCUACGCCUUACCACGCGCCGCUGUACCUGGCUCAGGCCAAGGGAUACUUUAAGGACGAGGGAAUCAAGGUUGCUCUUCUUGAGCCCAACGACCCUAGUGAUGUCACUGAGAUCAUUGGUACUGGCAAGGUCGACCUUGGCUUCAAGGCCAUGAUUCACACUCUGGCUGCCAAGGCUCGAAACUUCCCCGUCCAGUCCAUUGGUAGUCUUCUCGACGAGCCAUUCACUGGCGUCGUCUACCUCAAGGACUCUGGCAUCACCACCGACUUCCGCACCCUCAAGGGCAAGCGCAUCGGCUAUGUCGGUGAAUUUGGCAAGAUCCAGAUCGAUGAGCUCACCUCGCACUACGGCAUGACUCCUGACGACUACACUGCCGUGCGUUGUGGUAUGAACGUCUCCAAGGCCAUCAUCAAGGGCGAAAUCGACGCCGGUAUCGGCCUGGAGAACGUUCAGAUGGUUGAGCUCGAGGAGUGGCUCUCCGCCCAGGGCCGUCCCAAAGAUGAUGUCCAGAUGCUCCGUAUCGACGAACUCGCCGAGCUUGGCUGCUGCUGCUUCUGCACCAUCCUCUACAUCGGUAAUGAGAAGUUCCUCGCCGAGAACCCCGAGAAAGUCCGCUCGUUCCUCCGCGCGGUGAAGAAGGCCACCGAUUUUGUCCUCGCUGAGCCCGAGAAGGCAUGGGCUGAGUACGUCGACUUCAAGCCCGUCAUGGGUACCGCGCUCAACCGCAAGAUCUUUGAGCGCAGCUUUGCCUACUUCAGCAAGGACCUCAAGAACGUCAAGCGUGACUGGGAGAAGGUCACCAAGUACGGCAAGCGUCUGGGUGUUCUGGACGAGAGCUUUGAGCCCAACUACACCAACUCGUACCUCGAGUGGACUCUUUCUGGAGAGUCUAGCGACCCUACUGGAGACCAGAAGCGUAUUGCUCAGCUCCAGAAGGAUGUCGCUGCUUCUGGUGGCUUUCACCGUCUUCAGGCUGAGGUCAAGGCUUGAUUGAGCCUUGGGAUGAUGCGAAGGAACAUGGUUUGACCUAGUACAGAUACAUAUCUGAUACACUCUUUUAUGGUCUGGGGGAAACUACAAGGUCACUCGUUUAGCAGGCUCUGCCACACCAAUAUCAAGUAACUCACUCUCGUAUUAUUAGUCCAUGAAUGUGAAGUCUGUAUCUCGUAACGAUGCCGGCGCUGGACUGGAAUGCUGACUGCCACCACGUUGAUGAACCGUUUCCGGCCAAACGGCUUGAUUAGCCGUUUCCUAAAAUAUGCAUCUACGUAAGCGUAUUGAUUUCGUGCGGCUGAAAUUCCCCAUGCUUCCGUCCGGAUGUAGAAUGAGUGAAGUUUACUACAGCCCUAUACGAACUGAGACAUGCUGACCGGGCAGCCGGGAAGCCACUCGAUCUUAAGGCUGACAUGACAUGGCCAAUAUGUGCAGACCUCGAAAGAGACAGUGAGAGUUUCUUGAGAGAUUUCACAGAGAGAUGUAUGAGCAUAUGCAUGAAAGGAGGGUAUUAUAAUAUUGAUAGCGUUGGAGCCUGCUUGGUGUAUAUGCCAGAUACCUAUCUACAUGCAGCCUAAGAAGAAACAUUACUGAACGUGCAUUAUCGUAUUUAAAACUCAUAAACUUUAUGUCGUGAAGGGAAUGUGUAUCAUUAUGGUGUGAACUCAAGAACAUGCUCGGGGUGUGGGUCGGCGAGGAAAUCUGGGGGCAGAGUGCCAGGAGGAGGAGCCUGAAUCAAGUUCAUUAGCAUUUUGGUCAAGACCCGAGUUAGGGGAUACUCACCU